GGUCAGAGGAAGGGCCCGCAUCUGUUCCGCCGGAGUGGGGCGCGCCCCCGCCCUCAGCCUGGUUUGUCCUUGUGCGGCCCUUUAGCCGGGUCGCCGAUUUGCGGGUGGGGAAGCGGGCAUGCAGCCCUGCAGGCCGGCCCUGUGGCCGCGGUGGAGUAAAGGCAGGAAGAUGGACUGAUCCCGCUCAGACCCGUCUCAGCCUCUGAUGGUCCCUACUCGCCGGCCUCCGGGCCUUCUGUCCGCCGGGCGGGAGCCUCGCCCGGCGUUAUUAGGAAUGAGGUGCUCUGCAGGAGGCCGCCCAGGUUGAACAGGCGGCCCCAAGGCUCCCAGAUAAAAACCCUCGCGACUCAUCGUCCCCUGCUGCCGCAUUUUACAUAAGGGAACCCCGGCCCCAAGAAGGAAAGGAACCCGCCCAAGGUCACAUUGUAGUCCUGCUUCCAGCCCGGGCUACGGGCACCGCGCCCUUCUCCGCCGUCCUUCUGUUCUGCCCAGCACCCCUCCUCUUCCGCGCCUUCCAGGAGGCUCUAUGGUCGCGGGCGCGGUGAGCGCGCCCUCCCUUCCCGCUGCGCCCUUGGGAAGGAUGCUAGACUGAGGUCUGGCCGCCGGUCCAGCGGCCUUGAGCACUAGCCAAGCCGGCCGUUGCUGGAGUACAGGACGGACCACAGGACCGGGGCAGUAGGAGGGCCGAGGAAGAACCCGACAGGAGGAGGCCCAUCAUUCUACCUCUUGUGGCCACAAUGCUGACCGUCCGCCUCUCCAGGCCCCUGUCAAAGCUCCCUGGGAAAACCCUGAGUUUCUCUAACAGAGAAAAUGGAACAAGGCACGCACUGCUGUUUUACCCUGCCUCCUUCGUCCCUGUGGGUCGUCGCACUUACGCUGAUGCAGUGAACCCGGUUGGCAGCAAAGCCGUCCUGGUCACAGGCUGCGACUCUGGAUUUGGGUUCUCCUUAGCCAAGCAUCUGCAUUCAAAAGGCUUCCUCGUGUUUGCUGGCUGCUUGUUGAAGGACAAAGGGGAUGUUGGAGCCAAGGAACUGGACAGCUUGAAGAGUGAUCGAUUGAGAACUGUUCAGCUCAACGUCUGCAAAAGCGAGGAGGUGGAGAAAGCAGUAGAGACCGUCCGCUCGAGCCUGGAGGACCCCGAGAAAGGUAUGUGGGGCCUGGUCAACAACGCGGGCAUCUCGACGUUCGGGGAGGUGGAGUUCACCAGCAUGGAGACUUACAAGCAGGUGGCGGAAGUGAACCUCUGGGGCACAGUGCGGACGACAAAAUCCUUUCUCCCCCUCAUCCGAAGGGCCAAAGGCCGUGUGGUCAACAUCAGCAGCAUGCUGGGCCGCAUGGCCAACCCGGCCCGCUCCCCGUACUGCAUCACCAAGUUCGGGGUGGAGGCUUUCUCUGACUGCCUGCGCUACGAGAUGCACCCUCUGGGUGUGAAGGUCUGUGUGGUGGAACCCGGCAACUUCAUCGCUGCCACCAGCCUCUACAGCGCCGAGGGCAUCCAGGCCAUCGCCAAUAAGAUGUGGGAUGAGCUGCCCGAGGUGGUGCGCAAGGACUACGGCAAGAAGUACUUUGAUGAGAAGGUCGCCGCCAUGGAGACCUACUGCAACAGUGGCUCCACCGACACGACCCCGGUCAUCAACGCUAUCACCCACGCCCUGACCGCCGCCAACCCCUACACCCGCUACCAUCCCAUGGACUACUACUGGUGGCUGCGAAUGCAGAUCAUGACCCACUUGCCUGGAGCGAUCUCCGACAGGAUCUACAUACACUGAAGAGUUUCUAGCUGGCCUCUGUCGGGAGCCCUGGUGGGUGGGAGGGAAAAGAAGGAGGGAGGGAGGGAGGGAGGGAGGGAGGAAGGAAGGAGCUUAUGUAGUCACCUCUUCGUUACUCACUUGUGGAUUGUCCACCAUCCCAGGAGGACCCACUACCAGUUUUAGUAU